GUGACUCAGCCCAGCCCUCCCUCCUGCUGUCCCCGUGUGCCCACUGCUGCUGCCCAGCUCUGCCAGGGCUCGGAGCCACCUCUGACACCUCAGCAGUGUCCCAGGUGCCUCUCCCUGCAGGACAAGGCAGAGCUGCUCUCAAGGAGCUAUGGGGAAUAACCCGAGUGUGCCAGAGGAAGCUGAGGAUGACAACACCUGCACAGUCAAGAGUUACCAGCCUCUCUCCGACUCUCCCGACAGUAUUUCAAAUGGAUCUGUGGUGUUUGCUCAGAACCCUCCCCUGGCGGUGAAUGGUGAAGCGGAUGCCAGGGCUCCUGCAGGCCGGGAUAACGCGGUUGUUCCUUCGGGCGGGAGCGCUGCCAGCAGGGCCCUGCCAGCUGCCAGGCCCCGCUCCCUGCUGCCCUUCCCCUGGGCUGUGCCAGCGCCUGCCGAGGAGCCGGCGGCCGCUGCGGCCCCCGCGGAGGCCACCCUUGAUGCCACCCGCCUGAACAAAGCCCCCAGUGAGGGCACGGAGGCGCCCGGGGCAGCUGCGGCCCGGCAGGGAGGCCAUAAAAACCUGGGCCAGGCCCCGCUGCAGGACGUGGAGCUCGCGGGGACACCUGAGGGACGCGAUGUGGCCGCCCCGAAGGGCAGGCAAGUGACGCUCUUCGACAGGAUCUUCAGGCUGGAGAAGGGCACGGCGAGGACACGAGGUGGCCCUGAGGAGGGAAGGCAGCGGCUGGACGUUCCCAACGGGAGCAUCGCGGCCGGCGCGCCUCACGGGGAACCACCGGGCAAGGAGAUAGAUGAGUGCAGGCAAAAGGAGCUUGGGCAGGACUCUGCAGGUGAACAGGGUCCAGCUGCUGCAGCACCUGCGAGGGCACAGGCAGAGCAGGACAGUCCCCAGGCAGCUGCAGGACAGGGCUCAGUCAUGAGCUUCCUCAAAACACUGGUCUCCCCAAGCAAAGCUGAAGCCAAAAGUGAUUCUGAAGACAAGGGCUCCAAGGCAGAGAAGGGCCCUGGGGGACAGCCUGGCCCGAAGGCAGCAGCAGAAUCCCACUCCAAAGGAGCCAAGAAAAAGAAGGCAGAGAGCCCCAAGCUGGGCCACAGCACCUUUAGCAAACUCUUUAGGCACAAGGCUGCGAAAGAAACCCAGCAGACAACCAACACCAAAAGCCCUGAGCAGCCUGCUGUCCCCUGUGUCAAAGCAGACAGGAACGUCCCUCCGUGCCAGGAGGCGCCGGCCAAGCAGAACCCGAAAGCGCCGGAGGCCGCGGCCCCCGCGCAGGGCGUGAGCACAGAGCCCCCCCGGGAGGGCACCAGGGACAAGGGCUCGGCCACCCCUCUGCCCCUCAGCAAGCUCUUCUGGAAAAAGAACUCCUCGGAAGAAGCAGAGGCCGUGAGCAAUGAGAAGGCAGAGGUGGCUCUCGAGGCCCCCGUGGCUCCCGACAGGGACGAGAGCAAGAGCCCAGAGAGCGCCGAGGUGAAACCGCGAGGGGCGGAGAGCAAAACGCCCAAGGCAAACCUCAGGAAGUUCUUUAAGCUGUCAGUCAAGGGUGAUGGAGGGACGCCCCGUUCACAAGAGGGAGAUGGUCCCAGCCCCAGACACCACACUUUGAACGCCACGGAGAAGCCUCUCGCCCCAUCUGAGAGCGACCCUGGGGGCCCAAGGAGCAAAGAGGGCUCCAAAGACAAGAAGUCCACGGUGGAGCUGGGCAAGCAGAAGGGCAGGGAGCAGCCAGAGCCCCGGGAGCAGCCAGCAGCUGAGCCUGACUCCAUCCACAACGGUGGGGACGCCAAGGAGCCCUCCUACAAGAAGACAGAGAAGAGGCAGUCCCUGGGAGGGUUUUUUAAAGGCCUUGGCUCCAAAAGGAUGUCGGAUGCAGAAGUGCAGACAGACCCCGUGUCCAUCCUCCCUGCUGGGAAAUCCAAGUAGUGCCCAGCCGUGGCUGCUGCAGGGAGGCUCAGCAGCUCUCGGGAGCUCCAGGAACGACUCCUUUCUGGCAGCAGGAACGACUCCUUUCUGGCAGCAGAAAUGACCUUUCUGGCAGCAGGAAUGACUCCUUUCUGGCAGCAGAAAUGACCUUUCUGGCAGCAGGAAUGACUCCUUUCUGGCAGCAGAAAUGACCUUUCUGGCAGCAGGAAUGACCCCUUUUCCUUCCCACGGCUGCCACAAGCGCCCGAGGCUGAAGCAAGCUCCGGGUGCCAUUGCAGGUUGUCACUGGCAGGGUUUGUUCCUCACCUGUAGGAAGCAGCUCUCCAGAACCCAUGAGGUGUGUGCAAGGUAAGGUGCUGGGGAUGGUCUGAGGUGUGCAGAGGGGAGGGUAAGUCAGGUACGAGGGUGGCAGAGAAUUCAGUAAAUUGAAAAAGAUGCAGAAAAAGCAAGCACAUGACAGAGGAGGGCAGCGAGGCACGGGCAGAGAAUCCUCUUGAAAGCAGCCAGGAAAACACAAAUCCCCCGGAGAAAUGUCCUGCUUCAACAACGAGUCACUUCUGCUGGGGUUUCGACAGAGCUGGAAUUAGAGCUGAGCCCUUCAGCCUGGCAGAACCCGUGGUGAUCAAGUCCUGCUUCCUCUUGGUUAUUAAUGGAAAUUAAAACGCUAAAAUGCAAAGGCUUGGCGGGACUGGGACAGCUCCUGUCUCGGCCGGGCGGGGUGGGAUAACAAAUUAAAAGCUAUUUAAGGUUCUAAUAGGACACAAGAGGGCAGCCCCGUCCCCUAACGCCGGGCUGUGCCUGCCAGCCCGGAAUUAAUGUUCCUUAGAUCAUAGGAAAAACCUAGUUGUUCAUCCUGAUGUUUGUUUAUAUCCAUACUUGUAAUUAAUCCUAAUAAAAACCAAAAUCAAAGCUGCCCAGGCAGCUCUCUGCUUCACAAGACUCCUGUAAUAACUGUAGUUAAUAAAUUUUACAGAAAAUUAAGAUUUCUGUUCGUUCAAUCCUAGCCUGUACAGGGAACCAGGGGCCUGAUGCUGUAAUCCACACUGAUCUUAAUGCUGCAAUACUGUAUAUUUUGACAUCCUUAUCUUUAAAUAAACUAAUACUUACCCUUUGAAACAAAAA